CGUAUUUCUAAACGUGCCACGAAGCUCUAACAAGAUGCGCUCACUGCUCACGGGGUCGUCCGCGUCGCACGAUGAAGACUAUUCGGGCUACUCAGACGACAAGUCCGUGCUUGGACGCGGUCUCCUCUCCGACAGUGUCACGCCGACGUCGUACUACCAAAGCUCUCGCCACCUCAAAUUGCUGGCCGUCACGGUGUUUGUCGUGUGCGUCGGCCUCGUGCCCUUUGUGGCCUGGCCAUCUCGGGUCGAGCUCAGCUCACCGACACCCAACCUACGCUCUGAGCUAGCGUUGCCGGUUGAUCAAGGUAUUUCGGCCGUGACCUCUUCGCAGCUCGACGUCGCCGAGUCCACGUCGGUCACGCCGACUCCCACUGCCACAGCACAAAAACUCAUGCCUUCGGUGACGCACGCGAAGCCGACGACCGAGUCCUCGAUGAUCCACGUCGUCGCCACGACAUUGGACCCGGAGGAGCCAGAGAGUACCGAGUCAAUGCACGAGGUACACCACGGCAAGCCAUACCCGGACGAGUGCGCCGACGAAGUGAGCGCGUUGCAUCCUGGCGACCAUUUUGUUCUCGAGCAUGCGUCCGAAGCAUGCAAAGCUGCGUACAAGGCGAUGCUGCACGACGCUGCCCCCUCAAAAUCGUCAGGUGAUGAGGAGUCUGUGCCCGCACACGAGGAGGCGGGGACUGUGCAUGUUGAGUCGGCAGUACCGAACGAUAAAGCGACAGAGGACGCCGAUUUUGACGCUGAUGAAAUGGUGAAGAAACUCCAAGCCAUGGAGCACGAAAUGGAGUUACUGCGCCAGCGUCUAGCUAACGAUGAAGUCGCCAUUGCCGCUGCGUCGUCGACAACGGACCCGUAAGCUCAAAACCUAAACUAAAGUUAAUCUCGAUUAAUACCACAAAUUCCGUCUAUCCAAUA